AUGCCCCCCCCUGCGCCCGGGGCCCGGCUCCGGCUCCUCGCCGCCGCCGCCCUGGCCGGCCUGGCCGUCAUCAGCCGAGGGCUGCUGUCCCAGAGCCUGGAGUUCAGCUCCCCUGCAGACAACUACACCGUGUGCGAAGGCGACAACGCCACCCUCAGCUGCUUCAUCGACGAGCAUGUGACCCGCGUGGCCUGGCUGAACCGCUCCAACAUCCUGUACGCUGGCAAUGACCGCUGGACCAGCGACCCGCGUGUGCGGCUGCUCAUCAACACGCCUGAAGAGUUCUCCAUCCUCAUCACCCAGGUGGGGCUCGGGGACGAGGGCCUCUACACCUGCUCCUUCCAGACCCGCCACCAGCCGUACACCACUCAGGUCUACCUCAUAGUCCACGUCCCUGCCCGCAUUGUGAACAUCUCCUCCCCUGUGACGGUAAACGAGGGAGGCAACGUAAACCUGCUUUGCCUGGCUGUAGGGCGGCCAGAGCCCACGGUCACCUGGAGGCAGCUCCGAGACGGCUUCACUUCCGAGGGUGAGAUCUUGGAGAUUUCUGACAUCCAGCGGGGCCAGGCCGGGGAAUACGAGUGCGUGACUCACAACGGGGUUAACUCGGCGCCCGACAGCCGCCGCGUGCUGGUCACAGUCAACUAUCCCCCGACCAUUACGGACGUGACCAGCGCACGCACCGCCCUGGGCCGGGCAGCCCUUCUGCGCUGCGAAGCCAUGGCCGUGCCGCCUGCGGACUUCCAGUGGUACAAGGACGACAGACUGCUGAGCAGUGGCGCGGCCGAGGGCCUGAAGGUGCAGACGGAGCGCACCCGCUCGAUGCUUCUCUUCGCCAACGUGAGCGCCCGGCAUUACGGCAACUACACGUGCCGCGCCGCCAACCGGCUCGGAGCGUCCAGCGCCUCCAUGAGGCUCCUGCGCCCAGGAUCCCUGGAGAACUCAGCCCCAAGGCCCCCCGGGCCGCUGGCCCUGCUCUCCGCCCUGGGCUGGCUGUGGUGGAGGAUGUAG